AUGGCAGAGAGAGAGCUGAGCGAGGGUUUUCCUUAUUUCUUUGCGGAGGAGGAAAGGCAGAACCCACGGACUGCACCCAUAGGCUGGGAAGAGCUCCGCCCACGACUGCGGCUCCGCAGCCUGUGGAUGUCACUGCCCACAGUUACGGGUGCGGGCGCGGCGGCCCGAGCUUCAAUACUCGGCGUAGCCGAAGGGGAAAUGGCAGAGAGAGAGCCGAGCGAGGGUUUUCCUUAUUUCUUUGCGGAGGAGGAAAGGCGGAACCCACAGACUGCACCCAUAGGCUGGGAACAACUCCGCCCACGAUUGCGGCUCCGCAACUUGUGGACGUCGCUGCCCACAGCUGCGGGAACUAGCCAAUUUAUCUGUGGGAUCAGAUGUGAUGUAAAAGUAAAGGGUAGGAAGAGGAUCACAAGCCUUACAUUAGAUCAGCCAGGAUACCGAGGUUCCUUGGAUCCUUCUAUUGGGAAUCUAAGACAACUCACAGAGCUCUACUUAGCAGGGAAUGCAUUUCAUGGAAUCAUUCCCCAGAGCAUUGGGAGAUUAACUAAGCUCAAUAAGCUUGACUUGUCAGGAAACAUGUUCUCUGGUUCUCUCCCACAUUCCUUGGGAAAGCUCAAGAGUUUGCAGGUUCUGAGCUUGUCAAAUAAUAGGCUUAGUGGGUCUUUGCCCCAUUCCUUGAAUAGCUUGGAAAAUUUGAUUACAUUGGAUUUAUCUUAUAACAUGCUGAGUGGCAUGAUUCCUCCAAUGGGUGGGCUGAGAGAGCUUGAAAGCUUUGAUUUGAGCUCUAACAGGCUUGUGGGUGCCAUUCCAUCGGACCUGCCUGUGUCUCUGUCACAGAUGCUUCUGAGAUCAAAUUUUUUGACAGGGCAGUUGCCUUCAAGCUUGAGCAGACUUCAAAAUUUGGGUGUAUUAGAUAUUAGCUGCAAUAGAUUGAGUGGUAAAAUUGAUGGGUUCUUGCUUUCCAACCCUGAAUUGCAGCAGCUGAAUUUGUCAAACAACAGCUUUACUGCGAUCAGUGUGCAAAAUUUGUCUGCAAUGGACAGUCAACUGGUAGCUGUGGAUAUUGGGUUUAACAAAAUCAGUGGGCUUUUGCCCUCCAACAUUGUAACUCUGCAAUCUCUGGCUUCUCUGUCUCUGAGAUACAAUCGGUUUUAUGGUCCAAUCCCUGCGGAUUAUGGUGUUAAGGUUGCUGCUGAAGUCCACCCUCUGGUUAGAUUGUAUUUAGAUGGGAAUUACCUAAGUGGAGAGGUUCCACCUCAGUUUUUGAAUAUCAAUGAGAAUAUUAGUGGGAGCUUUGCUAACAAUUGUCUCAAGAGCUGCCCAUCUAAUCAGUUGAGUUUGUCAAACAACAGCUUUACUGCGAUCAGUUUGCAAAAUUUGUCUGCAGUUGACAGUCAACUGGUAGCUUUGGAUAUUGGGUUCAACAAAAUCAGUGGGGUUUUGCCCUCCAACAUUGUAACUUUGCAAUCUCUGGCUUCUCUGUCUCUGAGUUACAAUCGGUUUUAUGGUCCAAUCCCUGCAGAUUAUGGUGCUAGGGCUGCUGCUGAUGUACAUCCUCUUGUUAGAUUGUAUUUAGAUGGGAAUUACCUAAAUGGAGAGAUUCCAUCUCAGUUUUUGAACAUCUCUAGUGAGAAUAUUAGUGGGAGCUUUGCUAACAAUUGUCUCAAGAGCUGCCCAUCUAGUGUUUUGUUGUGCCAAGGGACUCAAAGGCCAGCUUCUGAGUGUAGGAAUGCAUAG